CGCCAAGUUUGACCAUUUUUGGCCCUUACUCUCCAAUACACAAGUUUAUUAUCUUCCUGUAGUGAUCCCCAAGCCGACAUAGUAAAAGACCCCCUGGUUCAUUUUUCUUCAUUGCAAAAGCGAAAAGCUACAUACAUUCUCUCAGGAUGCAGCUAGAGGGUACUGCUGAUGCUACCUCCCCUAGUUACUGGUUGAAAUGGAGGGUCUUACUAUGUGCAGUGUGGGUAGUGAUGCCUCUGGUUAUAGUAUCAUUCAUGAUAUGGAAAUAUGAAAUUCUGGACCAUAUGAAAUCUGACAGAGUAGAAACUCACACAAACCAGAUUUCACAAUAUUGCAAAGCAUGGAGACCAAGUGUCAAAGAAAUUCACCCCAUUUGGCUUCUGGCUUUCCGAGUUUUUGCAUUCUGUUGGCUCUUGGGAACGCUAAUUGUCAAAGUUGUUGCCAAUGGAGGUCGCAUAUUUUACUAUUAUACUCAGUGGACUUUUACUUUGCUUAUAAUUUAUUUUGCGUGUGGAUCGUUGCUCUCAAUAUAUGGGUGUUACCACUAUCACCUGUUAAGCAGAAGGGAUUUAAAUGUUCAUUGUGUUGAGACAGAUGCGGAGCAAGGACCAUAUGUGCCUCUCACUCUCACAUACAGGGAAGCAACAAAUGUGUCCAAAGCUAGGAGAAUUUCAGAUCCCCAGGAAAAAAAUUGUGUAUUCCAAGCUGCAGCCAUUUUAAGUUACAUCUUUGAAGUCAUGUUCCAGAUGAAUGCUGGGGCAGUUAUGCUCACUGAUUCUGUUUAUUGGUGCAUUAUUUUUCCGUUUCUUACCACCCAAGAUUACAAUCUCAAUAUUAUUACCGUGAACAUGCAUACACUCAAUGCAGUUUUACUCCUUGGUGAUACAGCAUUGAAUUGCUUGCGGGUCCCUUUGUACCGGAUUUCAUUCUUUGUUAUAUGGACGGGAGUUUAUGUCAUUGUGCAGUGGAUUAUUCAUGCUUGUGUCUCAAUUUGGUGGCCUUACCCAUUUCUUGACUUGUCAUCACCAUAUGCUCCAUUAUGGUACUUGUUGAUAGCAUCAAUGCAUAUUCCUUGCUAUGGCGUUUUUUCACUAAUUGUGGAAUUAAAGCAUUAUUUGUUGUCAAAACGGUUUCCUGAGUCUUAUCAGUGUCAAAGAUAAGAAGGCAUAUCGGCUUGAUUCCCUGUGAAGCCAAACAUAUUUUGAUCUGCGCCAGAGUCACAUUCAGGCUCUCUCUGUCGCAGGCGGGUAGUUGAAUGUGCUAAAUACUUUUUGAGGUGUCUUACCUCAAGAAUGAAACAGGAUAAAAAAUGUCAAGGGAUAACAGAACACAAACGGCAGACAUGGACAAACGCGGAUCCAAACGGCGCUUAGGACUUGUUAAAGCACCUUUUCUUUUUCUUUUUUUAAAUCUUUUGAUAUAUGAGGUGAUCUACAAAUUUUGGAUUCUGUUAAUUGCUUUUCCCAUUGAGCAGGCUGAUUUUAACCAAUCACUUACAGGCUUUUAAUUUCAAGUGAAUUUUGUAUAAGUCUUGCUUGUGCAGCUGUGCUAGAAAUAUUUCAUAAGUUUUCAUGAAAAGUAAAAUCCUAGAUUUAUUUA